AUGGCCAGGGCAUUGCAGGUUAUGACGCUGGCUCAGGGAAACAAAUACAAAGAGGAGCAUUUUAUCAAGAAGCAAACAGCAGAGCUCUGUUUGAAGCUGCUGGGAGCUCAUAGGCUGGGUAAUGGAGAGAGGGCAGUAAAAAACCACCCAGUCCAAGUCAAAUUGCAACAGGAACUAAAUGUCAGAGGAAGUCCUGUAGAUGUGGAUUUCGUCAAUAUAGUUGGUAUAGCCUGCGGAAGCCGACACUCCUUCAUAUGGACUGAAACUGGGCAGGCCUUCAGUUUUGGGAACAACUUUUAUGCUCAGCUAGGCUAUGACUUCCAGAGGGCCAACUUCAAAGAGAACCAGCUGGCACCGUGUUUGUUCCAGAAUCUUCCAUCAUCUCUGAAAAUAUCCCAAGUGGCCUGCGGAGAGCGACACACUCUGUUUGCUCUGGAGGACGGCAGUGUGGCGGCAUGUGGCCAAAACGAUUAUGGACAAAUUGGCAGCGGCUCUAAUGAAAAUGCGGUUGUUCCUCGCUUUGUGGAGUGCGUGGACCACGUGUCAAAGGUCACCUGUGGGGCAAACCAUAAUCUUGCACUGACAGGUGAUGGAAAAUUGUUUCAGUGGGGAUGUGGAUGGGCAUGUGGGAACACAAAGAGAAACAUCCUGUCCCCACAGGAAGUGACGCUACCAAGUUCACCAGUAAAGGACAUUGCCGGUGGAUGUUGGCACAGCCUGCUUCUAACAGAUGGUGGGAAUGUCUUCUCCUGGGGGAUGGGGCAAGAGGGACAGCUUGGACUCGGAGAGGACAGAAUGCACAUAUCCGCUCCUUGUCUUCUCAGCUAUUUGCAGCUUGCUGAGGUCACACAGAUACGAGCUGGGGACAGCUACAGUGCAGCUGUCACAGCAGGUGGAGAUCUGCUUCUCUGGGGUCAGAUCCCCUGUGUUUCCCGGGUCACAUAUCAUGCAGGCCUCCAAAGGCUCUGGACCCCCCAGCCUUUUCCGCUGGCAGGCCGAAAGGUGAUUGAUGUUGCCUGUGGUGCGUGGCAUAUCAUGGCUCUAACCACAAGUGAGUAACCUGUCACCGUUCCCAAAG